UAAAGUAUAAACUUUGUCUAUUAUUAAAAAAUCAAGAAUAUAAACUCUGGAUCCUAAAUUCAAUCACCUAUUUCAGUUAAUAAAAUUACUAAAGAAACUCGUUAUGUUAUCAACCAGCUUAAUGAGAAGAUUUGAUAAAAAAAUAUAUAUACUCACUCAAUCAACUUAGUACAUGUUAAAACUUUUUAAACAAAAAAGAAUUUAGUAUAAACUCACCUGGACAACUUAUUUUUAUCACCCAGAAAUGUGCAGAAAUUGUUUUCAAAAUGGCACCCUUAUUCAAUUCACAUGAAAAAACUUGCAAAUCUGCAAUGAGCGCGAUUUGUUUAUAUGAACCGAUUUCUAACUAGAAAACUUAUAAGUAAAACUUAUAAAUUUAAGGAAAAUCGACAAUUGCAAUAAUAAAACUCAGUAAAAACACUAUUUCAAGGAUUAAAAAACAGAACAAAAUUUAAAACGGCCGUUUUCAAAAAACUAGGCGAAAAGUGCGCCCACUAACGUCAUUGUGAGGAAAACUCUUUUUGUCUUAGAUUUUUUUUUAAUUACUAAUUAGGAUAAAUCAGGGAUAAAUUAAUAUAAUUGAUUAAAAUUCAAGUAAUUUUUUGUUAGUGAAUUAUAUACGUUAUUUAAAAUCAUCACGUAAUUUACUCAAAUUUAAAGUUCUUUAUAUUAAUAAUUAAAAAUGUAACUUUUAAAUAAGUUCCAUUUCAACAAAAAACAUUAGGCAACUGUAUAUACUUUAUUUUGAUUUUUCUAUUCAGAAUCUAACCUAAUUUUGUGUAUUUAUGUUUAUAAGUUUUUAUUUAUUUAAAUUAUAAUAAAAUGUUUUGGCUGUUUUUCUCUAAAUCCAUAUGCAAAAUUAAUCCCUUAAUAAAUAUACAGAAAGCUUCGUCAUCUACUAUAUACGCUCUGUCUUCAGAUACUUGCAGGACAAGGAAAAUGUGGUGUUGCUGUAAUAAGAAUAUCGGGAUCAAAUGCCGGAGAUGCGUUAAAGAAAAUGACCAAUUUAAACAAUCCUCCUAUACCUCGCAAUGCACUUCUGCGUAGUAUCCGGCAUCCAAUUUCAAAAGAAGUACUAGAUAGAGGUCUUAUAUUAUGGUUUCCAGGACCAAAUAGUUUUACUGGUGAGGAUAGUUGCGAAUUUCAUGUUCAUGGAGGUAUAGCAGUAGUUACUGGAGUUUUAGAUGCCUUGGGAAGCUUAGCUAAUUUUAAAUUAGCUCAGCCAGGGGAAUUCACAAAACGAGCUUUUAUGAAUGGAAAACUUGAUUUAACUGAAGUUGAGGGAUUGGCAGACUUAUUACAAGCUGAAACUGAACAACAAAGAAAACAGGCAUUCUUACAAUCAAAUGGAUCCCUGAGUAAGCUUUACCUAAAAUGGAAGAAAGUGUUACUUCACUCGGUAGCUCAUGUUGAAGCUUAUAUAGACUUUGACGAAACAGAGACUCUUGAUCAUGGGCUGAUUGAGAGUGUCGUUGAAGAUGUUAAACAUAUUACUAAGGAGCUAAAAUCACACUUGGAGAAUGGUUGUAAAGGAGAAUUGUUGAGAAGAGGAGUAAAAACUGUUAUUUUGGGCCAGCCAAAUGUUGGCAAAAGCAGUUUAUUAAAUUUACUUUGUCAGAGACCUGUCUCAAUAGUAACACCUGUCUCAGGAACAACCAGGGAUGUUAUAGAAGUAACUUUAAAUAUUAAUGGAUAUCCUUUGGUACUGUUAGACACAGCUGGACUAAGAAAUAAUUCUCAAGACAUCAUAGAAAUUGAAGGAAUGGCCAGAGCUCUUGAAAUGUAUAAGAAUGCAGAUCUGAUUAUUUUAGUCACUGAUUUAGAGAAGUAUUUAUCAUACAUAAAUAAAACUAGGAGUAGUAAUUUUGCAGAAUAUAUAAGCCAUUAUGUGAAUUCAUUGGGCAUAACUGAUUUAAUGCAAGAGAAAUGUAAUAAUCAAUCAGUUAGAUCAACGUUUAAUAAAAAUUGUAUUGUCGUUUUGAAUAAAACUGACUUAGAUAAUGAAAAUCUAUGCAAAAGUAUACAGGCUGACAUUGUUAAGUUGUCAUGUAAAAAUGAGAAUGGGAUCUCUGACUUAGUUGAUGUCUUAUCUAAACAAAUGGAGAUAUUAUGUGGAAACCCUUGUGAAGAACACCCUAGCAUGAACCAAAUGAGACACAAAGAACAGUUAAGCAGUUGCCAAUUUCACUUAGAUCUGUUUUUAAAGGAAGCACUGAAAGGUGAAUCUUCUGAUUUAGUUAUAUUAGCUGAAUACUUGAGAAGAUCACUAAGACACCUGGGACAGCUCAUUGGAACUGUAACGUCAGAAGAUAUACUCAAUGUUAUAUUCAGAGAUUUUUGUAUAGGAAAAUAAAAUAUAUUUUAC